AUGACCACGUACCAGUGCGCGUGUGCGUACGACGAGCUGCGCACCGCACGCACGCGCGGCCACGUCCCCAGCGUGUUGCCGGCGGUGACGCAGCCUGGAAUAUCGCUCGACGGCCUCUACUUUUGCGAGGAGUGCUACGAACUGCGCUGCAACGACUGCAUUGCAUGGGAACUCAGCAGCUGCUAUUGCCCACACUGCUUGUUCGAGGUGCCGAGCACUUCGGUACAGGCGCAAAAAGGACAGUGCGCGCGCAGCUGCUUUGCGUGCCCCGUGUGCACACACGUUCUCUCUAUCCACGGCUCGGAUCCGCCGCGCGACGCGGCGCUGACGAGCGCCGAGGCGAGUCAGAGCGUGCCGCCGUACUUUUUCUCGUGCGCCGCCUGCCGCUGGGACUCGAAACGAGCAGGACUCGUAGCGGAAAAGGCAAGCACACUGAGCGCCACGAUGCCACCGGCAGACGCGCCGGGUCCUGAGCAGACAGCGCUUGACCAGGUCCGCGCACACCUCGCGCCGCUCUUCCAGCGUGCGCCCAAGCCAAGCGCUGCGCCGCCCAAAGCGCUCGCCGACCUCGCGCUUCCGCCGCGGUACUGGCAAGGAAAAAACGUCGCGCCGCCGCCGCCCGAGUCGGACGUGCUUCCUGCGCCGCCCGUCGACGCGGCCGGCGCACAGGCGCGGCAGGCGGCUCGCGAGGCGCAGCGUGCCGCGUUUGUCGCCGGGUGCACGUCGCUCGAUGGGAUACAGGGUCUGACCGACGAGGCGCAGCGGUACGCGAUGCCGCUCGAGCAGCCGUAUGAGGCAAGUGCGCUGCGCCCCCAGCGUGUGCGUCUGCUCGCCAAGCUGUGCAAGCGCUGCCGCGAGUGCCGGCACAUUCUCGUGCGACCAGAUCUGCGCACGAGCUCCAGCAACUACAAGCUGCGCCUGCUUGCCAAAGAGUUUCUCCCGACGCUGCGUGUCGUACGUGCCGUGGACGGCGUGACGCAUGUCACGCUCGCGAAUCCCCUCAUGGACGCGAUGCGCAUCGAGCUCUACGCGCCGGAUGCGGCGCUCUCUGCCACGUCGCUCACGCUCCCCGGCGGAUCGGAGGCGUACGACGUGGAGCCGGCUGCGACGCCUGCUGCCGAUACCGACCUCUUUGCGGCAGGCGUCGUUGUGUCGCAGCACACUGCCGUGUUUGGCGUGCGUACGACCCGGCCCAUGGCGUCUGUGCGUGUCGCGUGGACGGUUUCCGAGCGUACACAUACAUUCUGGGCGAUGCUUCCUGUCUCGUAG